GACGCCCUAAUUGCUGCGUGCCCAGGCACGCCCCAGUCGUAUUAUAAAUACUGCGUAGCCCUAGAGAAAAUAUCGCGGAGCGGAUACGGUAGUGGAAGCAAAGCGGGAAACUUGUAUUGGUGGCGUUGAGACGUUGCUUCUCAUGGCUCACAAUUCUGGUUGGGUUUGCUCUUACUAUUUACAGGGCAACUGCCGUUUCGGUGAUAGAUGCUGGUAUGAACAUCCACGCGGUGGCAGAGGCAGCCAGGCCUUUGGCCAAAACUCAGACUCCAGCAGAAGAGGAGCAGGGGGUGGACAGCAACAUUAUUCUCUUAGCAUGCAGGCAUCUAAUUACUCAAAAUCUUCUAAGUGGAAAAGCAACAAAGACCCCAUAUCCUCAAAUUUUUCUCAGAAUAGAUUUGCUGAGUUAGAUUCAAGUGAACAUGUGAAUAACGAUAAUAAACCUGAAGAAGAAAAACUUAGUGAAAUAAUAAUGAAAGACAUGGAGAUUUGGGAAUCUUCUGGACAAUGGAUGUUUUCCUCCUAUUCACCAAUGAAAGAAAAACCUAAUAUUUCAGGUUUCUCUGACUUUUUGCCAGAAGAGUUACGUCUUGGGUAUUAUAACUGUAAAGCAAACAAUAGCACACAAGCUUAUGUCAAUUCAGUCCAGCAACUAGCUAGUCAGUGGAAAGGUAGAUUGCAUGAAUUGAAGAAUGCAACUCCUUCUACUAAAACUGCAAUGGAAUUGAAGAAUGUGACUAGUCACCAAUCUCCUCCAUUUGGGUUUGAACAACAGCAGACACUGCCUUCUAGAACAUCAAGCUUUCCUACAGAUACAUGGAAUAGUGUUCAAGCCUUUUCUUUCAAAUCAUUUGAAUCUGCUGCUGUAUCAUCUGGAAGCCUUACUGAUGUCCGAGGUGCUGUACUUCUUUCAGCUGCUCCUUCUAUAGUUGGCUUUAAUAUGCCAGAUUCUUCAGCAAAUUCUUUUUCAUUUAAUAUGGCUACAACAUCAGAUGGAAUUGGAACACCUACAUUUUCUGGACUUGGAGAACCGUUUUCUGCAAAUUUUUUACCAGACACAACAUUUGCCACAGUAUUUGGAAAAUCAAUUGCGCCUCCUGCUUUCAGUUCUACAUAUACGCUCUUUGGAGAAUCAGCACAUUAUCUUGCAAGCAAUAUUACAGGAACAUCCCCAGCAAUUCCAACUUUUGGCUCUUCAGAAGAAUUAUUUACUUCCCAGCUUCAACUGUCUACAGAAGAAGUAAAACAGUUUGAAGCAACCAAAUUCGUUUUGGGAAAAGUCCCAUUAAGACCUCCACCCAUGGAAUUUCUUAAUAUGUAGCACAUGCUUCAGAUGCUCUUUCUACUUGUUUUUCUACAGAUCUACUAUGACCAAAUCCUUGGACUAAGUUUAAUUUUCCUUAUGGGUCACCACCAAUGCUUCAGAAUUAUUGGAUUUAUUUCUGCUAAUGAAUAUUCUUGAUUUAUUAAUACCAAAAUGGAAAUGUU